UUGCAUUUGACUGGAUAACAGACAUUUUUCUACGAAGGUGUUAAUAGCGGAAGGCCACAGGUCACUUGAUAAUAAAUUCAUUCAAAAUAAUUGGAAUUGGGAGAAAAAUAAGAAAGAAUGUCGUCAUCGUCGUCGAUUUUGACGCCGACGCAGAAGUACGCGGCAGGAGCGUUGUUUGGGCUGGCGCUGCAUCAGGCUCAGAUCCACCUGACUCGCCCAUUGGGUUUCCCCUCUGUUGACGACGAUGGCGGCCGCUCUUCGGAGGAGCGUGUCAGCAAUGGCAGCAGUUCUGACUCCGUUUCGGAGGAUCCCCAGCUUUGGGUCCACGAAUCUUCUUGUCUUCUUCGCCCAAUUUUCAAGUUUCUAGAGAUUGACAAGAAAGCGUGGUCGGGACUCGAGGAAACUUCUGGAUGUUCACCACCAAAGCAUCAUGUUGGAGCAUUCCUAAGGAUUCUUGCAGAAGAAAGUGGUGGCAUGUCUUCAGAAGCUGUAGAUAAGGAACAUGCUUUGGCGAAUGGCGUGGAUGCCAUGGCUUCAAGCAUGGAAAGAACUUCUGUCGAUGAUGAGUCCAAGAAGGAGAAGCAUCGCGAGUAUAAGAAUGCUUGUCAGGAGAAGUUUUCGAGUGCUGAAACAGUGUCCAAAACUAAACACGAAGAGGAAAAAGUGCCUGACAAUAGUCAGCAGGAGAUAAGUCACAAGCCAUCUAUCACUGAACAAGCACAUGUACAAGCCAACUUUGAAUUUGAUGAAAAACAAUUGGAAGAGGUAAGUUAUCCAAGGAAAGUGGCAGUUCUAUAUGAGCUUCUUUCAGCUUGUCUGGCAGACAUACCUGGAGAUGACAAGAAAUGCACCAGGGAAAGAAAGGGAUAUGAUGCAAGACACCGUGUGGCAUUACGGUUGCUAGCUGCAUGGUUUAAUGUGAAGUGGAUUAAACUGGAAGCCAUGGAAACCAUGGUUGCUUGUUCAGCAAUGGCUCUACUAAAAGAGGAAGAAUCAAAAGAAGAAACCCAAUCUCCAAAAACCUCAUGGGCUAAGUGGAAACGUGGAGGUAUCAUAGGUGCUGCUGCAUUAACUGGAGGAACCUUAAUGGCAAUUACUGGCGGUUUAGCUGCUCCAGCAAUUGCUGCAGGGUUUGGUGCUUUAGCACCCACAUUAGGAACUAUAAUCCCAGUGAUUGGAGCAAGUGGGUUUGCUGCUGUUGCCACUGCUGCAGGAAGUGUUGCUGGUUCUGUUGCAGUUGCAGCAUCUUUUGGUGCUGCUGGAGCUGGACUUACAGGCAGUAAAAUGGCUAGGAGAAUUGGAGACGUUGAUGAAUUUGAGUUCAAAACGAUAGGAGAAAAUCAUAACCAAGGACUGCUAGCAGUUGAGAUCUUGGUCUCUGGAUUUGUUUUUGAGAAGGAAGAUUUUGUAAGACCCUGGGAAGUACAACAUGAUAACUUGGAGAGGUAUGCACUGCAGUGGGAGUCUAAGAAUCUAAUUUCUGUAAGCACGGCAAUUCAAGACUGGCUUACUUCAAGACUUGCCAUGGAAAUCAUGAAGCGAGGUGCCAUGAUGACUGUACUAAGCUCGCUUUUAACAGCGUUAGCUUGGCCAGCAACAUUACUUACUCUUACUGAUUUUAUCGAUAGCAAAUGGGCAAUUGCUGUGGACAGAUCUGAUAAGGCUGGAAAGCUGCUUGCCGAAGUAUUGUUAAAGGGGUUGCAAGGGCAUAGGCCUGUGACACUUGUAGGUUUCUCACUUGGUGCAAGAGUUAUUUUUAGUUGUCUCCAGAUUUUGGCUGAAAGUGAAAAUGGUGCUGGACUUGUGGAAAGAGUUGUUCUACUUGGAGCACCCAUUGCAAUUAAAGAUAUGAAUUGGGAAGCUACUCGAAAGGUGGUGGCCGGGAGAUUUGUGAAUGCAUAUUCUACUAAUGAUUGGAUACUUGGAAUUGCAUUUCGUGCCAAUCUUCUUACACAAGGAUUGGCGGGAAUUCAACCAGUGGAAGUGCCUGGAAUUGAAAAUGUUGACGUAACUAGCAUAAUUGAGGGUCACUCCUCGUAUCUUUGGAGUACCCAAGAGAUCCUAGAACAGCUCGAACUGGAUACUUAUUAUCCUAUUUUCAGUCACCCUGUUGUCAAAACAUAGAUUGUACUGACCUUCUGGCAUGGAGUGGACUUGCAUCAGAGGUUGCAUCUUGGUCAGAAAUGGAGGUAUGAAUCAUAAGAAUUGCACAAAUGAAACAACAGCUAAAUAGGUGGUAAAAUAGAAGAUCUUUACUAUUUCAUAUUACUGAGGAGAUCAAUUGUGGCUGGAGAAGUACCAAAUAGAUGCAGGAGUUCCCAUACUAGAAAUUUAAUAGAUCCACCUUUUUCUUCUCAAAUUUUUUCCCAUCACAUUUCCGUAUGUUUGUAUGUAAAUUCCCGUACGUACUCUGUUUCCAGAUAUUAUAAGUUAUAUGCAUAUAGUAUAUGUAAUGUUACAAGCAUUCUGCGUUCAAUGUUCUAGUAUAAGUAAAUGUUUCUUGGCUCGGGCUUUUACCUUGGGCCUUACCGAGCUGUCUCGA